AUGGGAGACCCUCACCGGGGGGCCCUCGCGCCCCCCAGUGAUAUCUUGGGAAUAUAUCGGCAGCAGCAGCAGCAGCAGCAGCAGCAGCAGCAGCAGCAGCAGCAGGUGCACUUGUCUCACUCGCAUCUUCUCCAGGGCGCGCCUUUUGCUGCUGCGCCCAUCCAGCCCGCAGUGUGGCACGCGCUCGCGCCGCAGCAGCCUGCAGCAGCAGCAGCAACUGCUGCUGCUGCUGCUGCUGCUGCUGCUGCAGCAAGCAGCACUGUGGGGCCCCCCGCCUACAGAAUCCCAGGAGACCCCGCCCCCUACCAGAGGGGCCCCAGGGGCCCCCAGGGGCCCCCAGGGGAACUUCGCAGCUACAUCUCUGGCACUGUGGGUCUGGGGGCCCCCGAGGGGGCCCCCAGGGGGGCCUCCAAGGGUCUCACGCAGCAGCAGCAGCAGCAGUCGCAGCAGCAGCAGCAGCAGCAGCAGCGCCAGUGGCAAGAUGCUAGCAGCAGCACCGUUCCGUUCUCACUUGGCGGCGAGCUGCAGAACUCUGCUGCUGCGCCCGCUGCUGCUGCCGCUGCUGCUGCCGCAGCCGCUGUGCAGCAACACUACCAGCAGCAGUACAUGCAUGCAGUGCAGCAGCAGCAGCAGCAGCAGCAGCAGC